UCCCCCCUUCGUUUAUAAGCCACAACCCAAACCCCUCCAAAAACAUAACACACAACUUCUAAGCUCUUCUUCUUCUUCUCACUCUUCACCAAUGGCCAAAGAGCGAGAGAAGAAACUCUACGUAGCCCUACUCGGAAACUACGCCGCCGAACUCAAACUCCUCCUCACCACUCUCCUCCUCCUCUGUGCCGUCGCCACUCUCCUCCAGUUCCUCCCUUCCCGCUUCACCAUCUCCGCCUCCGACCUCCGCGUCUGCAUUUCACGCGUCACUCAAACUACCCAAACUAUCCCUAACUCAACUAAUGCGACGUCACCACCAGUAACAGCAACAGCAUCAGCAUCAGCAUCAGCAUCCCCACUCGUUGCAUCUUUAUCUUCCACCACUUCACCCUCCCCACCGCCACCGUCGCCGCCAUCGUCAGAGCAAAUCCUCCCCGACGGAACAAUAAAGCGCGUGUUCAACCCUUACGGCUCCGCAGCUUACAACUUUGUCACCAUGGGCGCUUACAGAGGUGGCCUCGACACGUUCGCUAUCAUAGGCAUCGCUUCGAAGCCUCUUCAUGUCUACGCCAAACCCACCUACGAGUGCGCGUGGUUCUCACUCGCCGGCGACAAGAAAAAACUUUCCACCACCGUCGGUUACAAGAUCCUCCCCGACUGGGGCUACGGCCGCGUCUACACCGUAGUUAUCGUGAACUGCACAUUCCCGAUUCCCGUAAACGCCGACAACUCAGGCGGGAAGCUCGUCCUCUUUGCCUCCACCUCCGGCGGCGGCGACGCCAGCUUCAACACCACCGACAGAAUAGAAGCUCUCACCGAACAACCUCGUACCCUCGACACAACCUUAUUCUCCUCGAAGCCGAAGUACGACUACUUAUACUGCGGCUCCUCGCUCUACGGGAACCUGAACCCGCAGCGAGUGAGGGAGUGGAUCGCGUACCACGUGAAGUUCUUCGGGCCAAGAUCGCAUUUUGUCAUCCACGACGCCGGUGGGGUCCACCCACAGGUUCUUGAGGUGCUGAAGCCGUGGAUGGAUUUGGGGUAUGUGACUCUGCAUGACAUAAGGGACCAAGAACGGUUUGAUGGGUAUUACCAUAACCAGUUCAUGGUGGUGAAUGAUUGCUUGCAUAGGUAUAAGUUCAUGGCUAAGUGGAUGUUCUUCUUUGAUGUGGAUGAGUACAUCUAUGUGCCGCCAAAGAGUACUAUUAAGUCUGUGCUUGAUUCGCUCUCUGAGUACUCUCAGUUCACCAUUGAACAGAUGCCAAUGAGUAGCAAGUUGUGUCUUACUUCUGAUUACGGGAAGACAUAUAGGAAAUGGGGGUUUGAGAAGCUGGUGUACAAAGAUUCAAAGAAAGGGAUUAGAAGGGAUCGAAAAUAUGCAGUGCAACCAAGGAGUUUGUAUGCAACUGGGGUUCACAUGUCACAAAACCUUGCAGGAAAGACCACUCACAAAACUGAAGGGAAAAUAAUGUACUACCACUAUCAUGGAACCAUAGCUGAAAAGAGAGAAUCAUGUAAAAUGCUUAUAAAUUCAACAGAAAUCACAUAUGACAAAACCCCCUAUGUGUUGGACACCACCAUGAGGGACAUUGCUGGUGUGAUCAAGAAAUUUGAGCUCAAGAUGAUUGGAGACAGGCUACAACACAAGACACGGCAAUGACACUGCCAACUUUUUUUAAUUUAUUUUUUAAAACUAUAUAAUAAUUUAACUUGUAUUUUAGAGUAGAAAUUCAUUGAGCGGUUUUUUUUUUCUUUCCUGUUUGAUAGUUUUCUUUUUUUUUUUUCUUAAUUUUUUUAUGUGGUAUAUUUACAGAUGGGUAUAUGAUCUUUGUUUCAUUUUUAAAUAGUUCUUUUGUGUUUCCU